GCCGGGGUGUGCAGCAAGCGAAGUCAAAGCGGGGACACACCCUCCUGUCGCCGCCCCAGUCGGCGGGGCGGGCUGAGCUCUAGCGGCCGGAUGAAGAUGCGUUGUUAAUGGCAGGAGCUCGGGCCCGGCAGGAGGAUGCUCCCGAGCGGGCUCUGCCUGGGUCGGUGGCGACUGCUGCCGACGAUCCGAACCCGCGGCCGCUGGUGUCCGAGGGCACUGCCACCCACACCCCAGGUUUUAUGUAUUAAACUCCCUGGAAAUCCAAAAUACCACCAAGCACUCCAUCAUGGAACCGUGGCGCCACAGGAUGAAAUAACAGUUCAUUAUAGACAUGGCCUCCCCUUGGUAACCCUCACUCUGCCAUCCAGAAGAGAGCGCUGCCAGUUCGUAGUCAAGCCGAUGUUGUCAGCAGGCUCAUUCCUGCAGGACUUACAGAAUGAAGAUAAAGGCAUCAAGACGGCAGCCAUCAUCACGGCAGAUGGCAGUGAGAUUCCAGCUUCAACGCUGAUGGACACUUUGCUAAUGAAAGAUUUUAAGCUCGUCAUUAACAAACUACCCUAUGACAUACGGUGUCACAAGAGAGAACAGCCUAGUGAAGAGCGCACGACUCAGCUGGAAAAUGUGAAGUCCUUGGUUCACAGACUGUUUACAGUCCUGCAUUUAGAAGAGUUCCAGAAGAGACGAGAGCGCCAUCUGAUGGCGAAGAUCGACUUGCUGAAGGAACAGCUGCGGCCCCUGGAGCAGGUCAAAGCUGGAAUAGAAGCUCGAUCGGAAGCCAAAACCAGCGGCCUCCUGUGGGCAGGCUUAGCUCUGCUCUCUGUGCAGGGUGGAGCACUGGCCUGGCUGACGUGGUGGGUGUACUCCUGGGAUAUCAUGGAACCAGUUACGUUCUUCCUUACGUUUGCAAAUUCCAUGGUCUUUUUUGCAUAUUUCAUCAUAACUCGGCAGAACUACACGUAUUCUUCCCUCCGGAGCAGGCAGCUUCUUCAAUUCUUCCACAAGAAAUCGCAGCAGCAGUGUUUUGACGUGGAACAAUACAACAAGCUAAAGGAAGACCUUGCCGAGGCUACAGAAUCCCUGGAAAACGUGCGCCGCUCCCUCCACUUGCAAAUUCAAGGAGAGGAAGUCAGAGAGAAGAAUUAGCCGCACGCUUUGACGUCAGCCGGCUCUGUGCAGGUUUUAUAGCUCACCGAAUGGAUGUUUUUAAGGUCGUGUUCAUUUCUGCUUGGCGUUUUCAGAUACAGUUUGGUCAAUAAAUUUGUGGGAAACGGAAGUAUUCAUUGACAA